UAAUUCUGAUCCAAAAUGUUCAAGAAUUUUAGGAAAGGAGGGCAGCGGAAGCGUUCCAAAUCGGACAUACCGGAUGCAUUUGUAAACGGACCAGGUGCAUUCGGAUCGGGUCAAUUACCAAGUCCCCGUGAUGCUUUACAACACUUGCCUCCGAUGGCCACCGUAGAACCGUUGCCCUCAUUCAAAGACGUCUCGAAAUCUGAGAGACAGACUUUAUUCCUGAAGAAAUUACAGAUCUGUUGCUUUCAGUUCGAUUUCACAGACCCCUUGAAAUCGGCGCGACAGAAAGAGAUCAAGCGGCAAACCUUGUUGGAGCUCGUCGAUUUCAUCCAAACCGGCAUGUGCAAGAUCACGGAGGCCUUCCUGGGGGAGAUGAUCAGGAUGGUGGGAAUCAACAUCUUCAGACCCCUCCCGCCGGCGGCCCACGAGACCACCGCACAGGAAGGCGGAGAUCCCGAAGAAGAGGGAGACUAUUCGGAACCCGCGUGGCAGCAUCUACAGAUUGUCUACGAGCUUCUCUUGAGGUACGUGGUUUCCUCAGAUACAGAAACCAAGGUUGCCAAGCGAUACAUCGAUCACACCUUCGUUUUAAAGCUCAUUGAUUUGUUUGAUUCUGAAGAUUCCAGGGAAAGAGAGUAUAUAAAAACGGUUCUCCAUAGGAUUUAUGGUAAAUUCGUGGUGCAUCGUCCAUGCAUUAGGAAAGGCAUAAACAAUAUAUUCUAUAGGUUUAUAUACGAAUCCCAGAGGCACAGCGGCGUCGGAGAGCUCUUAGAGAUUCUAGGAAGUAUCAUCAAUGGCUUCUCCGUGCCUAUAAAAGAAGAACACAAGCUGUUCCUAGUGAGAACACUGAUUCCUUUGCAUAAACUGAAACAGCUCUCUCUGUAUCAUCAGCAGUUAUCUUAUUGUGUCGUUCAGUUUGUUGAUAAGGAUUAUAAGCUGGCUGAUUUGGUUGUUAAAGGGUUGUUGAGGAAUUGGCCAGUGGUUAAUUGUCAAAAGGAAGUUCUCUUUCUCGGUGAGCUCGAUGAAGUCCUCGAAGCGAUGCAGUUCCCCGAGUUCCAGCGUUGCAUGAUUCCUCUUUUUCGACGGAUUGCACGUUGUGUAAAUAGCCCUCAUUUCCAGGUCGCCGAAAGAGCCCUUUUCUUCUGGAACAGUGACCACAUCGUGGGAUUAAUCUCCCAGAACCGGCAAGUGGUAUUACCGAUUGUGUUGGAGGCGUUGGAGAAGAAUAUCCAAAGUCAUUGGAAUCCCGAAGUUAACGGGUUGACCUUGAAUGUGCGGAAGAUGUUCGUGGAGAUGGACCCUCGGUUAGUCGACGAGUGCCAGACACGGCUUCCAGAGAAAGCGGCCAUGGCCGGAGAGGCGGAAGAGCAGCGAGAAAUGACAUGGAAGAAGCUGGAGGAAGCGGCGGCUAAUAACUAA